UUUCCAACACCACUCGCCUUUUCGGAGUUGGUUCUGCGAUAGAGGUGACCCGACUCCCUGAAGCUCAUUUUGCAGGUGCAGAGAAGUGUCCGUGCAGUUCCCAGUCAUGUCUGAACCAAUCCGAGUCCUUGUGACUGGAGCAGCUGGUCAAAUUGCUUAUUCACUGCUAUACAGUAUUGGAAAUGGAUCUGUCUUCGGUAAAGACCAGCCUAUCAUUCUCGUGCUGUUGGAUAUUACUCCCAUGAUGGGCGUCCUGGAUGGUGUCCUGAUGGAGCUGCAAGACUGUGCCCUUCCCCUCCUGAAAGAUGUCAUCGCAACAGAUAAAGAAGAGAUUGCCUUCAAAGACCUGGAUGUGGCCAUUCUUGUGGGCUCCAUGCCAAGAAGGGAUGGCAUGGAGAGGAAAGAUUUACUCAAAGCAAAUGUGAAAAUCUUCAAAUGCCAGGGUGCAGCCUUGGACAAAUAUGCCAAGAAGUCAGUUAAGGUUAUCGUGGUGGGAAACCCGGCCAACACCAACUGCCUGACUGCCUCCAAGUCGGCACCGUCCAUCCCCAAGGAGAACUUCAGUUGCUUGACUCGUCUGGAUCACAACCGAGCUAAAGCUCAGAUUGCUAUUAAACUUGGUGUGAUUUCUGAUGAUGUAAAGAAUGUUAUCAUCUGGGGAAACCAUUCCUCAACUCAGUAUCCAGAUGUCAACCAUGCCAAGGUGAAACUGCAAGGAAAGGAAGUUGGUGUUUAUGAAGCUCUGAAAGAUGACAGCUGGCUCAAGGGAGAAUUCAUCACGACUGUGCAGCAGCGCGGUGCUGCUGUCAUCAAGGCUCGAAAACUGUCCAGUGCAAUGUCUGCUGCGAAAGCCAUCUGUGACCACGUCAGAGACAUCUGGUUUGGAACCCCAGAGGGAGAGUUUGUUUCCAUGGGCAUCAUCUCUGAUGGUAACUCCUACGGUAUUCCUGAUGAUCUGCUUUACUCGUUCCCUGUUACAAUCAAGGAUAAGACCUGGAAGGUUGUUGAAGGUCUCCCUAUUAAUGAUUUCUCACGUGAGAAGAUGGAUCUUACUGCAAAGGAACUGGCAGAAGAAAAAGAAACUGCGUUUGAAUUUCUUGCCUCUGCCUGACUAGACAAUCAUUUCCGUGUUACUAAAUGCCCCAAAGCUGAAGAAUCUAAAUGUCGUCUUUGACUCUAGCACCAAAUAAUAAUAAUGCUAUACUUAAAUUACUUGUGGAAAAACAACACACUUUAAAGAUUGUGUGCUUCUUGGUACAAAUUUGUGACAGUUCAUCAUCAUGCUGUUAGUGCUGCAUUCUAAAAUAAAUAUAUAUUCAAAUGAA